AUGAGCUCUAGUAGUAGUGAUGAGAACGAAACGACGAUACACAGUUCUUCUAAUCCGGGUAGCAGUGGAAUUUACUCACAGCUAAAAGCGGGAUCUUCCAAAAGACCGAGUGUAAGGCAUGACGUCAGCGACGCAGAAGACGAUGAGGAGCCUUAUGAAGGAUUUCGAAAAGACAUGAAUAUGGAAGUCGACGAACGUAUAACGACUCUUCUGUCCUCCCUCCACUUCGAACACAAGCGUGAUGUUGUUACCGCCGAUGAAGAUGACAAUAAGCUUCGAGAACUUCAUGAGAACAUUUUUUCAUUAAUUACCACCGAGCCAGACUUCCACAGAAGAAGACGUCUGAAAAAAGCACUACCAGCAUCAAAUUGUAUUCGUGAACAAGUAUACUAUCUUCGAAGGAAACCAAUCACACCUCCAGAUUCAUAUUAUCAUCGAUUGAAUGCUGCGUUGCACACAAUUGUGAAAGAGUCCUUUGGAGAAGAAUAUCGAAAAGUUGCCACUGUUCUUGGACUUGUGGAAGCUCUUGCCGAAGUUUUGAUUCUGGAAGUUCAUGCAUUUGGAAUUCCGGAGACGAAUGCGGUAGAGCACAGGAAUAUACGAAAACUUAUUGCCAAUGCGUUAACCAAUCUGACUUAUGGACAGAUUUUAUCCAAACGGAGGCUUUGCUCAUAUGAUGGAUUCAUCCGAUGUGUGGUCAGAAUUAUCAUAGAAUCGCCUAACAUCACUCAAGUAUACGCUGGCCUGAUUCGGAACUUAUCGUGGAACGCUGACUCGGGAAUGAGUGAAGCUCUCCAGCCAACGGUCCAUGCUCUGUCCUUAGCUGCCGUUUAUGCUCAUACGCACCGCUUCGAUGUGACAGCAAUACUUUCAGCUCUCUGGAAUUUAGCUGGACACUCUGUAGAAAACAAGCGGACGAUUUGUGAAACACCGAAUUGUUUAAAAGUGCUAGCAAACAUUCUUUCACCGGAUGCCAGAUUCACUACUUUGGUCGAUUCAGCCUCUGGAAUUUUGAAAUAUGUAUCUCAGUAUCUGGCUACCAAUUCUAGUCACCUUGAGCUCCGAAGCCUUCUCAUCACCAGGAUGCUGACUCUCUUAAAGAGCUCUUCGUUCACUUGCGUCACUAAUACUCUCGGUGCUAUUGCUCAUCUAAUUGCUAAGGAUCCACACAUGCAACAAUUGAUUCGACAGGAUGCUGCUGCAGUCCAGCAACUCAAUGUUCUCCGAAACUCGAAUCGAGAAGAUAUUCGAAAAGCGGUCAAGGAAGUUUUGAAUACUCUCAAUCAGCCGUGCAGUCACAGAUAUGGAGAUAUGUCUCAUUCUGUUGGAGGAGCUAGUGGAAUGCUUUCGGAACCACAACUACAGAUGCAGACUUCCCAUCAUGGAUAUCACGGAACUGCGUCUCCGAGACUUUUGUCGUUGCGAGCAACCAGAGCAUCUCCUGGAAAGUAUAUUCAUCCUUCUCAACAGCAACAUAUGCAAGUUCCGGCUCCAGAUCAACGAUCCAGCAGUUUGCCACGUCAUUUUGCUGUUCAACGAAACGGAUUCAUGAUGGCACAGUCUUUUAAUCAACAGAUGGAUCCACAUCAGCAGCAGCAGCAGCAGCAGCAGCAGAUGAUUUUCCAAAUGCAACAACAGCAAAUGAUGAUCCAAACUGACGAUCAGCAGAUGAGAUAUUUGAAUCAACAGCAACAGCAGCAACAACAACAACAUUAUCAACAGCAGAUACAAAGAAAUCAGAAUGUGGAGCCAGUGCUGCCGGUUGACGAUGACCUGGAUAUUCCAACAUCAACUGUUAUGGGCACUCGUAGCAACAGUGAAAGGAGCCUCGGUUCAAUGAAUCCUGGAAGUGUGAUGACGACAGGAGGAUGGAAUUCCACGUUGGACACCGCUGCUAACAGUUCUCGAGCGCUGUCCCCAGUUUCAUUCAGCGACAUUCCCGCAUCUCCGACUAUGUGCGCCCAGGUGUUCAAUCUACCAGUGCACCCAGAAGAUAAUCAGAUGACGACACCACCGAACCAUCCAUCUACUCAGAACACUACCCAUUACAGUAGCGGAUCUGCGAAUACGAUGACACGAAGUGAUGGAACAACUGUACCGAUUGAUAAUCUGAUUACCCCAACAUACGCUACUCUAAACGUGACUAACAAUGCUGCAAGGAAAACUUCAGAAGAUCUGGAGAGUCCUGAUGAUAUUCUACCAGGACCGUCAUUGGAAGUGGAAGAAGAGGGAGAUUAUGCAAUUAUUACUGGCGCUGAGCAAAAGUCUGAUGAUGAUCUGUUAACAAGAUCGAUUCAAGAAGAGAUGCCAACGUCUUCAUCAACGCCGAAACUGAAAGUGUCACCUCGUCUAAACGGAUUUUUCUCGCCGUCCCAAAAAACCACUUCUUCGCCUGCUUGGUCUCAUCCGGACACUUCUCCAAUUUUGAAACAAACUCAACGACCGAAGCAUCAUGAAAUGACAACUGAUUCUGAUCGUUUGCUGAUGGAGUCAAUUAUGUCGGAAAUGCCGAGAAGUCGUGUCAUUUCUCCCAGGCUUGCAUCAGGAGGGCAACAAUAUUUGGAUCCCGAACCUGAUCGUUCUAGUCAUUCAAAAAACGAGGAAGCCGAUCGCCGCGACGCAAUCAUCGCAUCGCAUGAGCCCAGCGAUCAAGGCAUGAACGUCGGAAGAGGCUCAUCACCACAACAACAGCAGUUGCAUAGAAUGGAAUCGUUGGAGAGCCAGGCGAGCAGUGAGGACAGUUUUGGAUUAAACGGAUAUCAGGAAGAACAUAAUACUUCCUCAUCGGCAGCACAUACAAUGAGGAUAGACAAAGACGACGUUGUUGAUGCAUCACUUCCUAUGGAUUGCGUAGAUGACGAGGACUACGAUUACACGGAUGAUCAUUUUGAUGAUAAUUAUGAGGAGGAUUAUGAGGAUUCAAAUGCUACUCAGUUUGAUGAAGGAAUCGACCCGCAACUUACAAUCGAUUGCUCUAUGAUUUCUAGUGGGAGUGGUUCUUCUUUACAAAAAGCUGAGACAACAGCCGGAUCUCGAGAUUCAGGAGCAUUAGCUACUUCCACACCAAUUGGAUCUGUUUCAUCACUUCCAGGAGUGAGAAGAGCUAAAAAAGUCUCAAUAAACGGAAAGACGAGGUUGCCAGUUCCAAAAACCAAUGGCUCUCUUGUUGAUAGGGUUCGGAAGCCAGUAAUUGAAGCAAGUCGACCACGACUACCACCAAAGCCAAGCCUUUUGAAAGGAAAGCAAUAUCAUGAGGAGGAUUUGAUUGAGAAUCAGACAAGAGAUGACACAAUUUAUGUGAAUGCUCCAAUUGUCGAAGCUGAGCAAGAAAGGAUCUAUAUGAACGCACUGAAACAUAGUCAAGGAAGUCCUUCAGUGAAUGGAACUCCCCCAAAGUCGGCAAUCGUAUCUCCGUAUAACUAUCAGAAGCCUCCAUUCACGGAACGGAGCAAUGGCGAAAUCAACGAAAAGAACGUCACUCCGAAUCCAAAACAAAUGCUGGUCACGAUAGUCUAA